AACGACGGCCUCCUGACCAUCCUCUUCUCGGAAGUCCGGAGCGAAGCCGUGCAGGGGUGAGAACGCCAGUCCUCCCUCCUCUCCGGUUCCGUCGCCCAUGCCCCUUACUAGACGCCCCUUACUAGACAUCUCGGCAUCCCGGACAAGAGAAGUUUACUAGAAUCUAGAUCAUUCGCCCACCUGACGUCGCGCCGUGUGUAUAUAUAAGGCAGAGACACCCGUUCUCGCCAGUGUUUUAUUCUUUGUGUGAAAGAGCUUGAAGAAGGCGAGCGAGUGGAACACAUACGGCGUCGAAAUGCUCAAUUCGCAGGAGAGUGACAUGUUCACUAGAAUGCUUUUGUGGAUGAUGACUAUGAUGGUGGCGGGCGCGACGGGCUUCUCCAAUGUGGCCGGGCCCCCCGUGCAUGAGGAUCUUCUGCCCGGUGGCGUCCAGCAGGUCUCGGUGCUGAACGUUCGCUCGCUACUGGACCUUCCUUUCUUCAGCUCCCCAGAUUCCCAGGUAUUCCUGGUUCAUCCGGCGGGUUUCGCAUCCCGGGACUCGAACCAGCGCCCGUCGGCCUCCCCUUCCAGCCGUGCUUCUUCGUCUCACAUCACCCCGGCUGUGCUCGUGGCAUCUAAUGUACCAUCGCAUGUGUCAUCUGGGGCGCAGCCUCGUGUAUCGUCUGCAAUGUUGCCAAACAUGUUAUCUGAUAUAUCAUCUAAUCCGAUAAUCGACGAGACAGUAGAUCCUUCCAUUGUCCUGCGAAAUCAACCUCGAGCACCUGUACCAAAUACCUUAACCCCAAUACCUGUCAUUCCCGAGACCCUGACCCACACAACUCCCCGGCCCUCAAUCGACACAUCUAGCUUGAGUUCGACCGCAGUUGCCAUUCCUCAGCCUUCAAUUCCCGUAUCCGAAUCUCAGGCUCCGUCCACUACACCUCAUGCCUUACCUGCCACGUCACAGUCCACAUUGGCAUCCCUCUCCUCACAAAUCGCAAACUCUAUUCCUCAGCAUCAGUCGUCGGCAUCCGACGCCUCUAUCUCCACGUCUUUUGACGUUCCACUAACUCCCCAAUUACCAGCAUCUUCUUUACCCCCAUCUGUCCCAGAACAUAGCACAUCUCAUCAACAAAAUGAUGUCUCGCUUAACCCACCUACCGAAGCCCAGCUGGCACUUCCAGGCAGCUCAGUUCCCUCUCUUGUUGAUCCCCUCGCUCAAGAAAAGGAAUUUAUUCACCAGCCUGUAAUACCCACUCCCCAUCUUCUCCCUUCAACUUCCCUCCCCCCUCUGCCUUCUCAGUCAUCUCCUUUGCCAUCGUUGUCAGUAAAUACUGCAUCAUCUUCUCAGGUUUCUCAGUCUCAAGAACUCGCCUCCACACCGGCCAGCUCUGCUUUUCCAGCGGUCUCUAGUAACCGCAUCCUUCAAGUUGAUCAGGACCAGUCCGUUAACGCUUUGCCGUCGAGUACUUCGCUUCCGCUUUUCUUGGGGCAUCUCGAGAUCGCACAGACUCAGUCCUCAUUUUCUCCCUCCAUUACCCAACAGUCUCUGCCUCAGGAAACGUUUCUUGAUUCGCCUCCUGUGGCAUCCGCGGCUCCGCCUGUCUCCACAGUUACUGGUUCAGUGACGCCAACGAUUCUAGAUAACGAGAUAGCCACGAUGCCCGAAGGAUUAGCUGCAAGACAUCCAGUGCGCCUGAUCAUGCCAGGGGCUGAGGAGGUCACUGCGCGUCGUUUGGCAACACAAGCUCGCCGCGCCUCGAUGCAACGGUCAACCACUGUGGAAACCUCGUCCGCGACUUCCACUACCGUCGCGCAGAAAACCACACCUACAACUUUCUUUUCGUCCACUACUCCAGGAACGAUCCCGUCAUCAAGCACUACAUCAGUUACCGCAACACCUGCGUCGGCACCCACAACGCCACCUUCUGUAGCCUUUACACCAUCAACGGUAGGCACACCACAGGCUCCUCCGGAUACUCCCCAGACGGCACCGCCGAGCACGGGUAGAAUUACUUCCCUGGACCCUCUGACGUCACUUUUCCUCAGCGUAUCCAGAUCAGCUGUGCAAAAUGUUGAAUCUGCUGCUUUCUCCCAUUUCCACGACCAACGCCCCGCCGCACCACCCGUGACACAAGGCACGCCCGAAGUCCCUUAGGAAGGCAAUACAUUGCAAUUACGUGUCUUUGCGUGCUGAUAAGGGGCAUUUGUGAUAUGAUAGGCACAUAGCAUUCAUGGCAAAGGCGACUUGAUGUGAGUGUAUGUAACCAUCAGGAACAUGGAUCACAUUUUUUGCAACAAAUAAGCUACACUUUUAGCAGGUUUUGAUCCCCGUCCACACGAGCGACCAGUGACCGCCCGGAAAGCAGCCUCACUUGAUGGUGACUUCAAAAAAAUUGAUGUUUGACUCAAGCUGCAGAGGAAAUAGACAGGUGGCUACAUCAUGUUGCACAAGGUUACCGUGACAGUUCUAUAAAACUAGAUUCCUUUUCAGGCAGAUACUUCUUGGAAUUUCACCAGAAGUUAUUAUAAUAGAUUCAUUACUGUGAAAGGUGCCUGCUGGUGUGAAUGACUUGUCACUGAGAGGCCCGAUAUAUGGGCACGAACUCAGGAAUGAUGCAAGCAUGCAAACAAAUUACACUACUUUGAAAUACUGUAUAUAACUCUGAAGUGCCUUAUUUCAGUAAAUCUGUUGACAAAAUUCGAGGUGUUGAUUAUGGAAAAAAAUCACUACCUGAACCAACAUUUUCACAGAAGAGAAUGUACGAUGUUUCCAAAAAAUACAAUUAAAAUCACGAAAGUGUUCUGGAUUUAUGUUAUUUCAUGAAUAGGGAUCCAUAUGAAAUCCUUAUAAAAUCAGCUACUUUAGAUAGAAUAAAUCAGUUAUUUAAGUAGUUUGUUAGGAUUCUGAAAGUAUUAUAGGGCAUAGUGCUCACUUCAUGAACAUUUCAUUACUCUAUAUUACAUA